UUGCUCGAAGCAGCAUCGGCCUGAGGCUGAGGAGACGCUCCACAGCUGCUGCUUUAGCUCCGAGUGCAGCUCCAGACACACAAGAGAACAGGAAACCGAAAACGGGGAUCCUGAUGCUGAACAUGGGAGGACCUGAGAAACUCCAGGAUGUCCACGACUUCCUGCUGCGCCUCUUUAUGGACACGGACCUGAUGAAACUUCCUGUGCAGAACAAGCUCGGCCCGUUCAUCGCCAAGCGGCGCACGCCCAAGAUCCAGGAGCAGUACAGCAAGAUCGGCGGCGGGUCUCCCAUCAGGCGCUGGACCUCGGUGCAGGGGGAGGGCAUGGUGCGGCUGCUGGACGAGACGAGCCCGCAGACAGCUCCUCACAAGUUCUACAUCGGCUUCCGCUACGUGAACCCGCUGACGGAGGAGGCCAUCGAGGAGAUGGAGAGGGACGGGGUGGAGCGGGCCGUGGCCUUCACCCAGUACCCCCAGUACAGCUGCUCCACCACAGGCAGCAGUCUGAACGCCAUCUACCGUUACUACAGGAACCGAGGAGAGCGGCCCAAGAUGAGGUGGAGCGUGAUCGACCGCUGGCCCACGCACCCCCUGCUGGUGGAGUGUUUUGCAGAACACGUCAGGAACGAGCUGCUGAAGUUUCCUGAGGACAAACGAGACGACGUCGUCAUCCUGUUCUCCGCCCACUCCCUGCCCAUGGCUGUUGUGAACCGAGGCGACCCGUACCCUCAGGAGGUGGGGGCCACGGUCCAGAGAGUCAUGGAGAGGCUGGGCCACUGUAACCCCUUCAGACUGGUGUGGCAGUCCAGG